AUGCACUUGUUGCAUGCUAUAUGCCGUCGACUGCUCGACCAGAAACUAGCCGUUGCUUCGCUGCUGUUCGCGUUCAUCACCGCCAUUGUUUCGCUGAGGUUCCUGAUUAUCCCGAACCUGCAACGAUUAAAUCUUCGGGUAGGAGCCAGUUUUUACGACUAUGGGUUUUACGGUUUAUAUCCGAGUCGCCGAUAUGUCACUUUUGAUUACGAGUCUCCGGCCGUGAAUUUUGUUCAAUGGGAUUCGCAAUGCAGCGAUGCAUACACCUUUAUCGCUCCCCACGGAGGUGUGGUUGAAUACUCCGCGCCAAUGAUUCUUGAUUCCCGCGGCAACUUGGUAUGGAUGAAGCCCUUGUUUGAUACACCAGAAGACUUUCGGGUUCAAGAAUACCUUGGCGAGAAGUAUUUAACAUAUUGGCAUGGAGGAUACUCUAGUGGGCAUGGUCAGGGCUCUUGGUCUCUACUCGAUUCAUCUUAUUCUCAUCGAUUUGAAGUGAAGCCGGUCGGUAAUUUGGAUGGCGAUCUGCACGACUUCCAGAUAACUGAGAAUGGCACUGCCUUGGUUACUAUAUACGAUGUCAAACCUCACGACCUCACCGAGUCUGGAGGAGCCAAGCAUGGAUAUAUUUACGACAGCAUCUUCCAGGAGAUUGAUAUUGCCACUGGAAGCCUCAAUUUUGAGUGGCGCUGUUCACAGCAUAUACCUCUCAAUGCCUCAUACGCGGGCCUGAAAGGGAGAGGAUGGAAACGUGAGGACCCGUAUGAUGCCUAUCAUAUCAACAGCAUCGACAAAGAUCCCUCAGGAAAUUAUCUCAUUUCUGCACGACAUCUACACGCUAUUCUCAGUAUUGACGGUAAGACCGGCGAGAUUUUAUGGAUUCUAGGCGGGAAACAGAAUGAAUUUGAAGAUGCCUCGGAGGGCAGAGCUACUAACUUUGCCUGGCAACAUGAUGCACGGUGGCGGAGCGAUGAUACCAUCACGCUUCUUGAUAACACCGCAGAGUGGUUUUUCGACCCGCCAACAGAAAGCCGUGGAUUGGCUAUUGUAAUUGACAUCCCGAAUCGAGUGGCCCGAGUUCAAGGGGAAUACUUCCACCCUGGCAGCAUCAGAACUACAUCUCAGGGGAAUAUGCAAGACUUGCCUGGGUCUAGGAACGUCUUUGUUGGCUGGGGUCACUGUGCGGCGUAUACUGAAUUUUCACCGGAUGGACGUGUUUUGUGCGAUGCACAUUUUGGACCAUCUACUUGGUUUACACUCGGAAAUGUUGUCUCGUACCGCUCCACGAAAAGCAGUUGGGUUGGAAAACCAAAUACAAACCCCGCUGCUGUUUUGAUUCGCUCAUCUGUGUUUGUGAGUUGGAAUGGGGCAACGGAGGUUGUCGCUUGGAGAAUUGAACAAUGGGAUGGCGUUGAUAUGGAUGACAUGCAUUUUGAGCCGCUCAAGGUCGUGAAGAAAGAAGGAUUCGAAACCAAAAUUGACCUUCCUCAGGGCGUCGCGCAUGUUUAUUUCCGGAUUGUCGCGUUGAACGGCCAAAACGAGAUUCUUGGCAUGACUGGGGUGAUGGGCGAACAACUAGAUUGGAAUUUCCGGGAUUUCGUCCGCAGUUACUCUGUCGGCGUGUUCUCUUCUGGCGUCGUGAUUUCCUUCGUUAUGAUCGGGUGCUGUCUGCUUCAAGGUGUUUUCUGGACAUGGAGAGUGCAUAGAAGUCGGCCACUUUCCCGACCAGGCGGUUAUCGAGCUGUUCCACUUGGCAGUGUACCUGAAUGA